ACGGCCGACGGUUUGUCGAGCGCGAACGUUGCACGCGCACCGCCACUCGCCCGCCGCCCCGUACCGCCGAGUUCGUCGUCCGUCGCCGGCGCGUGCCCGCCUAUCCGGGUACCCACCAGCAGUGUUGGCGCGUACGUGCGUUCGUGAACGUGCACGACGGCCUCGGGGCGGCGGCACAUGGUUUUGAUAAGGUUGCCAGCAGCGGCCCGACGACAAUCGGCAACAACAACUGGUUGGCUCCGCGCGUCGACGUCAUUAAUCACAAUUAUUAUUAAUCGUGCACUCUUUUUCACCGCUCCUCGCGCACAGUUUCUCGCCUCGUUGCCGGCCUACGAUUUUUCCCGACCACCCUUCUUCACCGCUCGAGGGCGCGGAAUGCCUUCCGCAAUCGUCUCGUCGACGGCUUUUCCCUCGUAGUCCGACGUGGUAGACACAGUUCAUCGCACGUAGGUCGGCGAUGACUACCAGUGAGACAACGAUCGCGCAAUAAAGGACAUCACGACAACUCGGACUCAGUCCUCUCUUAGGUACGCUGCUGCUGGUGCCCGUCGACAUCGAUCCAAGCUGAUGGAGAGAUCCGACGAGCCGUACAAAGAAGGGUACCUAUGGUUUCCACCUCAUGGAGUACUAUCGCAGUUAAAGAAAUCUUGGCAGAAACGUUAUUGUAGACUAUACAAAUGGAGUAAACAUGGUAUAGACCGUUUAGAAGUAUUUGAUGGAAUUGAAGAACAAAAGUUAUCAACUAUUGUUUCUAUUAUACCAUUGGAAAGUUGUGUAAAAAUUACUCAAGAUGCACAAAAACAUCAACCUAAUGUGUUUGCAGUUUGGACCAAAACUGGAGUUCAUCAUUUUUCUGCAAACUCUGAACAUGAAAUGACUGACUGGAUAUGUGCUUUGCAAACUGUAGCUUUUAAAGAUAAUGUUUCAAGGCAAACAAUUGAAGAAGACAAUGAUUUAUAUUGUUCAUCUGGAGAUGCUGGUGUUUUUAGUGUGAAAUUAAUAUCAUCUGAUGCCAGUGAACGUUGUGGUUUAAAAGAACAAUCAUAUACUUUAGUGAUUACUCCUGUUGCUCUACAGUUACGAGAAUCUGAUGAAAACGAUACACUUCUAUUAACAUGGCCAUAUCGUUUCAUACGAAAAUAUGGUUAUAGGGCAGGUAGAUUUACAUUUGAAGCUGGUCGAAAAUGUGCUAGUGGUGAAGGAGUAUUUCAUUUGGAACAUUCAAACCAACAAGAGAUAUUUCGAUGCAUUUCAUCAAAAAUGAAAAGCAUGAAAAAAUUAUUAAAUGGCGAAGGUGGUGUGUCAUCUAUUAUGUGUGGUGAUAAUCAAUUUCAAGCAGCAUUAUCUAUGAUGGCUCGCUCUCGAAGCCCUUUGCCACCAUCGCCUACUAGUACCACUCCAUUAAUUUUAGACAGUGACUUGAACAGUUUUACUUGUUCAUCUAAACCUCUUAUGCCUCUACCAUUAUUAUCAUUACCUCCGUCAAAGUCUCCUCCACCUCCACCAUUAAAACCAAAACCAAAAACAAUUUUAUCCAAAAAGUUGCCUACUCCAUUAAUAAAUGAACCUUACUGUGAAACCAAAGAAAUGGAAUCGCCUGAUGCAGCAUAUGAAGAUGUCCAAGUAAGAAAUGAUGCCUGGAGGACAAUGGGUUUGGAUAAUUCAAAUCAUUGUGAAAUGCCUUACGCUAGUAAUAAUGUGAUACCUGAUGAUGGUACUGAAAAUUAUGAUCGUCUUCAACAUUUUGGUUUCAUAUCUAAAACAGCUCCUGGAUACAGACAAAUUCACCCCAUUGCAUUAACCACUAAACAUAAACCCUAUAUAAAAGCGGAUACUGUAAUGAUGCCUGCCCGGAAAGCAGAUGAUUCACAUUAUGGGUAUGGUACAAUUAAUAAAAAAAACUCUAUAGAAGAGAGUCGCUCAAAUAAUGAGUCUCUGAAUUCUGUAGCACAUAACGAAUUACAAUAUGCUAUGGUAUUCAAACCUAAUAAGGUCUAGUCUUAAUAUUUUUUUUUUAUUGAGAUUUAUCUGUAAUUUUAUAUAUUUUACUAUCCUAAUUUUGUUCUUGAAAAAUAUCAUAUUAAUUUAAUCUCUUAGGAAAAGUUUAUUUUGCCAUGUAUUUUGCUUUAUACCUUUAUAUUUUAAAUUGUUUAAUUUUAUAGAAUGUUUGAUUUGUUUUAGUUAAUUAUUAAUAUCAGAUGUGCAAUAUAUACAGUGAAAAUUGUUAAAGACUUAGUUAUUUAAAUUACAGUAAGGUUGAAUUGUAAAUGUCAAUAUACAUAGUACGAUCAAAAUAUUCCCAGAAUUUAUUUAUAGAAAAGAAACUAUUUUACUUAUCAUAAAAAUGAUUAUUGGAAUUAAAAAUACUCGGUAUAUCCUAUUUAUAGGUAUAAUUGUUAAAACUACAUUAGAUUCAUGUAAACCGUUAUCAAUUCCUUACGAAAAAUAUUUUACGCUUUUUGUUAAAAUGGCGCAAUUUGAACAUUCGCAAAUUCAACAUUAAAUUUUGUUUUAAACUGCUGGAGAAGGAGUAAUUCACUAGGAGUUUGUUCCAAAUUGACUAAUUUUUUUAUUGAAGUUUAAAACGUUUAAAAAAAUUGAUUCGGAGAAAUGGAAAAAUGAGUGAUUUUUGCACCACGAAAGUGCACUGAUAACAAAAUUCUCAAAAUUAUUUAAGUAUUCACCAGAUAUGUACUAUGUAACAUCUGACUAUUUUCUAAAUUAAAACUCGGACUCAAAGGUGAACAUUUUGCGAUGAUUGAAGUCAUUAAAACUAAUGUGAUGGCUAAUCUCAGAAUCAUACCAAUAAAGGGAUGUCAAAGAUGUUUCGAGCAGUUGCAAAUUUGUUAAAGUGUGUCUAUUUCCAAAUAUAAAAAGGAGAUUUAGUUAAUUUAAGUUUAAAUUAUAUAUAUAAAAAAAUGAAAUAAAAUUCUGGGU